AUGGCCUCGACUGACGACGAGCCGCAGUCCCUCCGGGCUAUCUUCGACGAGGCAGAGGCCCGCCGCGAGGCUCUCGAGGCCAACCCGAACACCACGGCGCCUAACUACGGCCCGGCCGUCGAGGCGGCGCUGGCCCUCUACGCCCGCGCCGUCGACCAGCUCGCCACCGUCGCCCUCUUCUCCCCCAACGAGGGUCUCGACGACCUAGCCACGUCGGCACUUCCCUACAUGCUCGUCAACUUUCGCGUGGCCGAGCUCGCCCAGCGUCUUCCCCUCGCUGGCCCCUCGUCGCCAUCGCCGCAGCACCAGCGCCAGGCCCUGCUGCGCCGCGCCCGCGCCGCCUACGUCCGGUUCCUCGACCUCGUCGAUGCCUAUAGGCUCAUCGCCCCGCCGUACGACCGGAUGCUCGAGCGGUACCGCAACGACGAGGAGGGCUUUGCCGUCGUGGCGCCUGGUGCCGAUGCUGCUACCCGUCGUGAGGGCAAGAUUGCCGGCUUCAGGGCCGAGAAGGCGCUCAAGGCCAGGUUGGAGAUUCUCAAGGCUGAUCGGCGUUACGUCGACAGCGGCGACGACGAGGUUGUGCGGGAGGUAUACUUGGCCCACGUCGCCUACGCCGUGCACUUGACCUUUCAGGCGCUCGACUCGCUAAACCGCGAGUGCGACCUCCUUGCACAAGCCCCCCCCCCACAGCCCUCGGUAGCCCUUCGCGCUCAUAACCCCGUCGCCUCUACUGGCGCCGACGACGACGAUGCAACUUCGCGGCUGGACCAGCCCCUCCGCCGCACCCUCAACCAAGGCGGGCCCCUCCUCUCGCAGGCCGGCAAGCCGAUGCAGCCCUUCACGCUCGUCAGCUCGCGCACCGACCUCGCCCGCGGCGUCUUCCGCCCCGGCCACAACCUCCCCACCAUGUCCAUCGACCAGUACCUGGCCGAGGAGCGCCGCCGCGGCAACAUCCUCGAGGGCGGCACCGACCCUGCCAAGCCCCGCGUCGACGAGGACGACAUGGACGCCGUCGACCGCGAGACGUACAAGGCCAGAGAGUGGGACGACUUCAAGGACGAGAAUCCGCGGGGCUCGGGAAACACGCUCAACAUGGGCUGA